AUGGCUGAGUUGGUCUACCAACUGCAUCCCAAAUUUGAGAAGCCCAAACGCCCGUUCAUGCGAAUGAACUACAAAGACGCUAUCAAGUAUCUCGUCGAGAAUGGUAUCAAAAGGAAAGAUGAAGAGACUGAAGAAAUGGUUGACCACGUUAUUGGCGAUGACAUUGCCGAGGCAGCCGAACGUCAAAUGACGGAUCAACUAAACGUCCCUAUCUUCCUCUAUGGGUUCCCGAAGGAACUUAAGUCUUUCUAUAUGAAGAAGAUUCCCGGAGACGAAGCUUUCACAGAGAGUUGCGACCUACUUAUGCCGAACGUUGGAGAGAUUGUUGGGGGAUCUAUGCGUAUUGCGGAUAUGCAGGAACUCCUUGAGGGUUACAAGCGCGAGGGAAUUGACCCUGCGCCAUACUACUGGUUCACCGACCAACGUAAAUACGGCACAUGCGAACAUGGUGGAUAUGGGUUGGGUGUCGAGCGACUCUUGGCCUGGCUUACCAACCGCUUUACGGUUAGGGAGUGCUCCCUGUAUCCUCGCUGGCCUGGUCGCGCCACCCCCUAA